GUGGGACAAACCACCCCUUGGAGAGCUGGCGAUGCCGGAAGCUGCGGGGAUCCCCCCGCCAAAAUCCACGAGGUGACAUAGGACUCAAGACCCAGGAGCAUGACGCUUGAGGGGCGAGAGGCAGCUGGCCAGCCUCAAGCCACCCUGGGGCCCCCGGCCAAUGGCAGUGGGCCAAGCCAGGAGUUGGAAGGCCAUUGGCCAGAAAUCCCGGAGAGGUCCCCAUGUGUGGCUGGUGUCAUCCCUGUCAUCUACUACAGCAUCCUGCUGGGCCUGGGGCUGCCUGUCAACCUCCUGACCACAGUGGCCUUGGCCCGGCUGGCCGCCAGGACCAGGAAGCCCUCCUACUACUACCUUCUGGCGCUCACAGUCUCGGAUAUCGUCACCCAGGUGGUCAUCGUGUUCGUGGGUUUCCUCCUGCAGGGCGCCGUGCUGGCCCGGGAGGUUCCCCGGGCUGUGGUGCGCACGGCCAACAUCCUGGAGUUUGCUGCCAACCAUGCCUCCGUCUGGAUUGCUGUCCUGCUUACGGUCGACCGGUACAGCGCCCUGUGCCAUCCCCUGCACCACCGGGCCGCCUCAUCCCCAGGCCGGACCCGCCGAGCCAUCGUCGCUGUCCUCGGUGCUGCCCUCCUGACCGGAAUCCCCUUCUACUGGUGGCUGGAUGUGUGGAGGGACGCGGACCCCCCCAGCAUGAUGGAUGAGGCCCUCAAGUGGGCUCACUGUCUCAUCGUCUACUUCAUCCCUUGUGGUGUUUUCCUGGUCACCAACUCGGCCAUCAUCUGCCGGCUGCGGAGGAGGAGCCAGAGUGGGCUGCGGCCCCGGGUGGGCAAGGGUACAGCUAUCCUCCUGGGUGUCACCACGCUCUUCACCGUCCUUUGGGCACCCCGGAUCUUUGUCAUGCUCUACCACCUGUAUGUGGCCCCUGUCCACCGGGACUGGAGGGUCCACCUAGCCUUGGACGUGGCCAACAUGGCGGCCAUGCUCAACACAGCAGUCAACUUCAGCCUCUACUGCUUUGUCAGCAAGACUUUCCGGGCCACCAUCCGAGAGGUCAUCCAUGAUGCCCACCUGCCCUGCAUCCUGGGGUCACAGCCAGAGGGCAUGGUGGUGGAACCUGUGCUAAAGCCCCCGGGAAUUCCCAAAGGGGCAGAAUUGUAGAGGAGGGGCCCAGCCAGGGUGCUCGGGUGUGGCUCAGGGCCAGAUA